AUGAGUACACCACUGGCCGAUGAGAGACUUGUGUCCCAUUCAGGUUCACCAAACCGAUCGCAUAAUCUCAAGGAGCUCCAACUUUCUACCGACUCGACUCUAUCGCGAAGUGGAACCAACAAUAGUUCAAAUCAAGAAACAGAGUCAGAUGGAGACAAUCGAAAGGAGAAUAACAAUGGCUCGCAAAAGAGUUCCCCAACGGACCAAAAGAUCUUGUCAAAUUUAAAGGGUUUCAACAUUGAUCGUUCAGCUUACAAACAUUAUGGUCAUCAGUCACUGCUUCACGGAGAUGCACUUGACAAAAUCAUCACAGAAGCUAAAGUAUCUACAAGAAGGAAGAGCAUGGAUGAGAUUUCGCAUACUGCUCAACCAGAUGUGAAGGAAACUAAACAUGCCAAUUCUAUACGUUGGGAUGCCAAUAACAGGAUACUCAUUGAUCAAAAAAUUUCUCAAAUUUUAGGCAUACCUUCUCAAGCAAUCGAUGAAGAGUCAAUAUGGCCUUACAGCGCAGAGACUUUAAAUGAAAUAUUGAGAUACAAAAGUGAACAGGAGAGGACAAAACAAGAAACUAUUAAAAAUAAUUUCGGAGAAACUGCCAUUGAGUUAUUGAAGUUAGCUAAAUCUUUAAAUGUCAGUGGAGACUUAAUUCCUUUCCUCUUUGUUAGUAAUACGACGAUUGAAGAAUUAAAAUCUAAAAUUAAUGAAUUGAAAUCAGAUCCUAACGACAUGAUAAAUAAAAUCAGCAAACUUGUCAACACCCCGGUGCACUACAAUCAUGAUCAAACUACCCCAUCUACCAACAAUGGCAAAAGAAGGUAUUCUGAAAGUCGACUUUUACCAUCUUUUUCAGAAACUGCAGAGAGCAUAAAAUCUGCUAAUAGUGCUGAUGCUUCUCCAGCAAGAUCUCCUAAUAAACUGCCCACUAGUGCUGAAUUUUCUUUUGGUGAAGCUAAUGAAAAGGAAAAAGGAUCUCCUUCUAGCCAGAACGAUAGACCAGUUAUGUUACCAGUGCCUGCUUCCAGUUAUCUGCCACAUCACCAACCCCAACCUCAAAAUGGUGUAUACACCAUGUUCUACACACCGGGUCCCCAAAGCUCGUCGGUCCCUCCACCUCAACAAUCCCAGAAUGAACAAACUCAGGAAAAUGGCUCAUCUACUGCUACAACGGUGUUAGGCUCGCCCUAUUCACUGAAAUAUCCACCAGUCAUGUAUCCGCAACACCAGAAUUAUCGUGCCGUUUCUGGGCCAGGCUACGUACCACAACAACAUCCAUAUCCUUAUUAUAUGGCCUCAUCCCCAUCCAAUGGGCCACCAUCCCACCAGUAUUUGAUGCAUCCAUCUGGAGCUCCACCAUCUGGUUUGAUGCAACCAAUUCAACCUAGUCAAGUUGCAUACCACUCCCCUGAAAUUGAAACCAGAAGGAGCAACAGUGCAAAACAUCUGCAGAAAGAUGAAGAAACUGCUGCUGGCCAUCUUCACAACAAAAGACACAAGGUUUCUUCAGCCGCAAAAACUUCCAGCAUUAAUUUCAUGAUCACAACUCCAAAGAAUCCACCUGCUAAGAAAUAUAAUAAUACGCAUAAAGAUUCCAGUAAGGACGGUAAAUAA